CAAUCAUCAAUGAGGAUAAAAGCCUUAUCGAAAUCCUGGUCACCAUCUAUCCCUGCAAGAUCUAUAUCUUCAACAUCCCAGCUGUACUCUGAAUCCAGGACAAAUAAAACGGCGUCGGAAGGCGAACAGUCAAAGGAAGCAUCGAAGCUGCAUCCUACAUCGGAACCCCGUCAAACGCGACCAGAAGCCAAAACUGUCGCUCAAGCAGAUGAAGAGCUACGCCAACGGCUCGAGGAGAUGUCCGGCGAAGGUGGCGCGGCAGGCUUAGAGUAUGAGGAUGGCAAGCCUCAAACUAUGAAGCGAAGUGUUCGAAACAAUAUGUUCCGUUACAUAUAAAUAAUGAUAAUCAUU